CGCUGCGUCUGCUUCACCUGCCAUGCCUGUCUCACUCAUCAAGGAGAGCGACGUCGACGUCCUCGUCAUCGGCGCCGGCCCCGCGGGGCUCAUGUGCGCAAACGCCCUCGCGAACGCGGGUGUGAACGUCCGCAUCAUCGAUCAGCGCCCGAGCAAGGUCGCCGCAGGACAGGCCGACGGCAUCCAGCCGCGCACCAUCGAGGUGUUCCAGAGCUACGGCCUUGCCGACAGGCUCAUCCGCGAGGGCAACCAGAUGCACAUGGCGGCGUUCUACAACCCCAGCGCCGAGGGCGGAAUCGAGCGGGGCGGGCGUGCUGCGGACGUCAACGCGCCGAGUGCCCGUUAUCCCUUCGAGAUUACGCUGCACCAAGGCGCCAUCGAGGCGAUCUUCCUGGACUCCAUGCGGUCCCUGGGCGUCACCGUGGACCGCCCCAUUGUGCCGUCGUCCAUCGAGCUGUCCGCAGACGAGGCGGAGCUCAAAGACCCAAAUGCACAUCCGGUGAAGGUGGUGCUGAAGCAUCUUGAUGCCCAGGAUGGCAAGAACGACACUGAGGUCGUCCACGCCAAGUUUGUCGUCGGCGCAGAUGGCGCACAUUCAUGGGUACGCAAGUCGCUCGGCAUCGCAAUGGAAGGCGAGCAGACAGACUACAUCUGGGGCGUCGUGGACAUGGUACCCGAGACGGACUUCCCGGACAUCCGCAACCGCUGCGCGAUCCACUCGACGAACGGCUCGUGCAUGAUCAUCCCGCGCGAGGGCGACACGGUGCGGCUGUACAUCCAGCUCACGGACGCGGACGCGGUCGACGCGCGGUCGGGGCGCGUCGACAAGAGCAAGAUGGGCCCCGCGAAGCUCCUCGAGGUUGCGCGCAAGUCGUUCCACCCGUACACGAUGGCGACGCCGCAGGAGAUUGAGUGGUGGACGCUGUACAUCAUCGGACAGCGCGUCGCGGCGCAGUACGCUGUCCAUGAGCGCGUGUUCAUCGCAGGCGACGCGUGCCACACGCAUUCGCCCAAAGCGGGUCAGGGCAUGAACGCGAGCAUGAACGAUACGCACAACCUCGCGUGGAAGCUGACGCACGUCUUGCGCGGAUGGGCGGACCUGUCUCUGCUCAAGACGUACGAGUACGAGCGCCGCAAAUACGCCCAGGAUCUGAUCGACUUUGACAAGAAGUUCUCCGCCCUCUUCUCCGGCAAGCCGCGCACGAUGGACAACGAGGCCGGCGUGUCCCACGAGGAAUUCGUCGCCGCCUUCAAGACGCACGGCAUGUUCACGAGCGGCAUCGGCGUGCACUACCGCCCGUCCCGCAUCGUCGACGCGCGGCACCAGGCCUGCGCGCGCAGCCUCGUCGUCGGCGAGCGCAUGCUCCCGCACGUCUUCGUGCGCGUGGCCGACGCGCGGCCGUUCGAGAUCCAGGACCUACUGCCCGCGGACACGCGCUACAAGGUGCUCGUGUUCGCCGGGGACACUCGCGACGCGCCGCAGCGCGCGCGGGUGCUCGCCCUCGCGGAGGCGAUGGGCCUGCCGCAGGCGUUCCUCCGCCGGCAUGCAGGCGGCAGGGCGGACGCCGUGUUCGACGUGCUCACUAUCAGCUCGGCGCCGAAGGACGAGGUGGUUUACACCGAUCUGCCGGAGCUGUUCCGGCCGCACUGGUCAAAGGUUCUUGUCGACGACACGGACAUGUUCCAGAGGAGCGGCGGGGGCGGGUACGCUGCGUAUGGUAUUGACCCGUCCAGCGGCGCGGUGGUCGUGGUGCGUCCUGACGGCUACGUCGGCAUGGUUGCCCCGUUUGAGCACGUCGAGGACAUCGACGAGUAUUUCGCUUCGUUCAUGACGGCUUCGCCAUGACGUGUACCCUCAGUUCUAUUGAUAUCCUGGGUCCGCUCUUACUUUGCACCUCAUAACUGUAUUCUAUCUUCAAUGCUAUUGAGUUUUCGUGUGC